ACCUCUCCAGCUCCGAAGCGCCAUCUCGAUUUUCGACGUCCGACGAUUCUUUUUUAAACAAACAAAAAAAACGGACACUUUUCCAACGCAAUUUAACUUGUAACACGACGAACUAACGUUAAAAAAUAUCCGUUAAAUUAAUCUGAGCAAAAAGUGGAUAAAAACGUUAAAUAUCUGCCCGUGUAGAAGCAACAGCAGUAGCAGCAUCCGGUCUAACUGCUAACCUGUGACGUCGUUGAGCUCCGGAGGAAUUUUAACCGUCUUUGUGUUUAAUGUUUUCUCCGUUUCAUCGACAUGUUGGACGGAUCAACGGUUCUCAACGGUGAGACAAACAACAUCAACCACAUCGGCAACGUGGAGAACAACAACCCGAUCACCGAUGGGUUGAACACGGCCAUCAACAACAAGGCGAGGCAGAAGAAAGGAGGGAAGAAGAAGCUGCUCAAACCCCCGAGAAACAACCUCCGCGUCACCGACAACAACAACAACAGUGUGGCCGCUCCAGGAGCUCUUCAGCCCGGCUACGAGCUGCCCGCCGACCCGCUGCUCACCCUCCGGCAGCAGAUCAGACAGGAAGCCAGGAGAGAGCUGCUGAAAUCUAAAGGUGGCCGAUCAGAGCGAGGGGCGACGCAGCCGGGCGGCCCCCCCAACCGCAACGACCAGCUCGGCCAAAAUAUGAACGUUCGGAGCCACCGGCCGGGUCAGAGCGCCGGGUCUCCUCACGCUAUGAAGAGGACCGACCUCAGCAGCCCCAACAAGCCCCCCUCCCUCCUCCAGCCGGCCCUCCGAGAGCUCAAAAAACCGCUGCACGCGUCCAACAACCUCAAGACCUUCGCCGACGCCUCGCUGCAGCCCGAAUACCUCAAAGACGGCGAGAAGGUUUACGCAGGAGCCAAGUUCAGCGAGCCGCCCUCACCCAGUGUCUUACCCAAACCGCCCAGCCACUGGGUCGGAGAGAACGAGCCUCGACGCAGCAACCAAAGCCGAGAGCAAAUGACCGUUCACUUAAAGUCGCUGCUGAAGGUUCAAGACACGGCGUGACGGCGAGAGCGAGGGAAACUCAGGAGCCACCGGACGUCAACUGGAAUAAAAAGAGAGUUUAUUGGCCUUUAAACACAUCGCAAUACAAAGAAAGGGAGUUUUUAUUAACUGUAGUACAAUUUCCUGUAAUAAGCCAGCAUGCCGCCUGCUUUAGUGAACAGUUCUCGAACCUCCUCCUCCUCCUCGUCGUCGUCAUGGAGAUCAGACUGACAUGCUAUGUAUGUCAGAUAUUUACUGCCUUCUCUUGGAGCAGGAGAAAUAGAAAAUAAGAUGUUUUUUUUCUUGUUUGUGUGUGUGUGUGUGUGUGUGUGUGUGUGUGUGUGUGGUGGAGUUUAUGAGAAAACCACAGUGAGGUUGAGGUCGUCUGAGGUCGUCUCCAGCAGCAACGCGAUGAUCGUCGUGUCUCAGAGCGAUGAAGGCACUUUGUGAAUCUUUUUUUUCUCCGAUCGACUUUUUAAAGAGCUCGUUGUAAAUGUACAUAAUAUAUUUGUGUAUAUUUUUUUUCCUCGUUAUUUUAACUGAGAUUCUAGUUUUGUUACUAAAGGGGUUUUUUUUGUUUUUUUCCAGAAAAAAUUUAAAUAAAUAUUAAAAAAAAAAAAAAAAAAUAGGAAAAAGGAAAAAGUCCCCCUGCAAACUGAGGCACUUUGUUACAGCUCCUUCAGCGUCGAAGCACAGCGAGACAGAGACGACUCUUCUUACUGGUUUGCACUGAGAACUUAAAUGGGGAAGGGGCGAAAACUUGAUUGACUGGCCGCUUUUUUUCUUGAUGAAUUCACCCACCAGCCGGAUUUUUUAAAAAGAAAAGCACAGGAGAGAG